GUCCGUCGCAUUAGUCAAUACCGCUGAUGGUAUAAAAAUAUUUGCUCUACCAUUCGGCUUGACAGUUUAACAAGCUCUUUUGUUAAGUCAAUUACUUUCGUGUACUUACCUCCCAAGUUGUAAACGCUAAACUGAAAAUAUGUUCAAAUUCACGUUAUUCCUGGGCGUGCUCGCGCUCGUGGCCUGCAGCUCCGCACGAGUUCACGUGGCGGAUGCCAGUGGUGUUCAAGUGGCUGAUGCUGCUGCGGGGUCAGGAAACGGAGUCCAAGUAUCGAACGGCGGGGGAGUUCAAGUAGCCGAUGGCUCAGGAGUUCAAGUGGCCGAUGCCAGUGGCAGUGCUUCAGGAUCUGGAGUCCAAGUAUCGAACGGCGGCGGGGGAGUUCAAGUAGCGGAUGCCUCAGGAGUUCAAGUGGCCGACGCCAACGCGGCAGGACCUGGAGUUCAAGUAGCUGACCAAGGAUUUUAUGUCGGUGGACAACCUCGCGGCGCGCGGUGAAUUAU